GGGGGAUUACGGGUUAUGUUUCAGUUAUAUGAUUUAUUUAUAAUAUAUAAACAUGCAGCAUGCUGGUGCUCGUGAUGAAAAAGGAAAUCCAAUUAUCAAGGACUUCUAUGGCUGCCCACUUACCACAAGUGGUAAGCCUUACGACGAUAUGUUAGUGGCUAAAUUUGAAUCUGUCUAUCCUGGUUCUGGUGAUCAAGGUUCCUUCAUGUUUGCAUUUAACAUGGAACAAGGGCUUCCUGUCAUUCCCGAGUGGCUGUUCUUCAACAGAGUGAAUGCUAGGGCAAGAAAAGGUGUUGCAAUUGGUCCUACUCGCCUUCUUUUAAUGAAAAGAGAUGAUCCUCUUAUAGGUGUAUAGUAUGCUUCAAGGGAAAAGAGAUGUGGAUACAGUGUCAACUAUGGGUCUUAUGGCAGAUGUCAGUAUCAUUCCUCAACCAACUGGAGGUGAGUGAGUAUAUCUUUUAAAGAAGCUUGCACAAAAUUGUCUGAAAUACUCCCAUUUUCCUUUAAGCUUUUAGAAUAUGGCUACCAUUUUUAUUUGUCUGAAAUACUCAUACUCGCUUUCUUUUUAUAAAGGUUUCUUGUAUCUUUUUUGAGUGUAUGGUCCUAAGAUGCUUCUAAGAACACAUGUUCUGUUGAAUAUUGGCUUUGGUUGGUUGAGGAUUGCUGCAAUAAAGUUGAGUAUUAAAUUAGAAAGACAAAGGCUUUGUACUAUAGGUGCUUUUAGUUGUUGCUUUUUUUUUGUGUGUGUGUGUGUGAUAUAUAAUGAAAAGCAAUAAAAUAAAAAUAAUAGUAUAAAGGAACUGAAAACAAGGGAUAAAUAGUCCCCCAAAAAAGAGCAAAAGUGUCAACUAGAUUAAGUCAAAAAUUUUUAUGGUCUGACAGUAAGAUUUUCUUUUUUCUACUUUUCUAUUUAGUGGCUCAUGAUUUAGUGUCGGUUUUCUUACCUUUUUCUUUUAUUGUUAUUAGUAUUUAUACAACCAUUUGACAAAGAACAUCUAAUAAGCUCAGGACUGAUCUUGCACAUGGCUUUUUUUUU